AAUUGUUAAAUCAAAUAUAUUAAACAUUCUGAAAUGUGAGUACCAAAUUGUUCAUUAUUCUAAUAAUGUAGCCGGUCCAUUUGCAUUGUACAAUCUAUUAUGAUUCGCAUUCAAAUUGAUGCUGUAUUUAAUCAUAUGUUCUUCAGGGAUGGGCAUAGACCCUAAAUGGCACUAUCAACUUUACGCCUAAGAGAAACCCAGGUCACUCAGCCUGGCAUCCGUCAGUAUGCUGACAAAACCGCCCGACCAACACCUCAAGACUUACAAGAAGUCAUAACCCUCAGCAAAGGUUUGAGACAACUCAAAGUUACAGACAAACCAGACUUUAUCCCCAAGAAGCCGGUCUUACCUGGGAUUCAAGCUGGUUCAGUCAAGUUAACAGAUUGUGAUGAACUUGAAAUAGACCCUGAGUUGGAUGAUAUAUGUAAGGGGGUAUCUGAGGAGGGGGUGAAGGGGUUUUUGAAGAAAUCCCAGGUCAUGUUGAACGUCUUACAUCACUGGUGGUGGGCGGAUACCAACUCUCUUGAGUUUCUAAACUGGUGGUUCACCAAGUUAGGACUGGAGCAACGUGUGGACUGGUUCAAACUGGAGUGCAGCAUUUUGCUGGAGGAAAUAUCUAACUCUGUUCAGACUCGUGUUUCCAGACAGAAAGUCAUGGAGUUUUUGUUGUGUGUACUUCACGAGCAUCCUAAUCAGUUUUGCAGUGAGAGCGAGAUUAAUAGACUUCCCGACAUGAUAGAGACACUUGUUGCUAGUGAUAAGAGGGACUAUUGCGAACUGUUGUCACAUGUCAAGUGUAAAACCUCAAAACCAGAAACGGUACUUGGGUUGAGAACGUAUACUGUUAUUGGUGUAUGUUAUGCUGCUGUCAGUUUCUAUCGCAAACUUGUCACUGAAAAAAUACACUCAGAAAACAGACCAACAUCUCGUUCCAGGACAGGAAUUUCUGGAACGUUAAGCAGAGAGAAAACUAUGCGACCUGGGUCUAGUUUAGGUCGUCCUGGAUCUAGUAAAGGACGGCCUGGUUCGGCUAUGUCUCCUGAUUCUCGCCCCACCACUGCACAGAAUAUAGACAGAGUAGAACAGCACAACAUUGGGCGGGCAUUUGAUGCGGUUUUGUGCGGAUUUGUAGAAGUUCUGAAAUACAUGUUUGACAAGGGAUAUGUUGAUGGUCUGGUUACAGAUAACCAGGGCAGGAGUCUCAUAUUUCUUGCUACACUUUAUAAACAACACUCUGUACUGAACUAUCUCGUCUCCGAAACCAACUUUACCCCGUCAGAUGUUAACAGUGUUGCUGACAAUGGCAACACUCCGCUCCAUGUCGCUGCUUCAGCUGGAAACUCACUCGCUCUUAACAUCCUCCUAAAAGCAGGAGCAGAUCCGCAUCUCUUCAAUCCAGAAUCUAACGGUGCUACACCGCUCCAUCUGGCGGUACUGCAGGACAGUAUAGAUUGUGUUGUGUUGUUAUUGGGGACUGGAGCUGACCCACUCAUUAGAAUGGGUUGCCCGGCUGACACUAGUGCUAUCGAGCUCGCUAAACAACUUGACCACAGUGAUAUCCUCAAGUUACUUAUUGGUGCUGUUGAAGUAAGACCUGGAAGUUCGCUGUAUGUUGAAGGUAUGGAGGUGGACAGUUGAAUGUUGAGAUCUUAAUCAAAAGGGGUGAACGAUUUUGAUGUUCUCAAAUUUAUAUUGCUUUGUUUUGGUGUAUUUAGUAUUUCUUAUAGCUGGAUAGCUUGGAAUAUUUCCAAAAUGUCGGUGCAUGUGGUUACGUUUUAUUUGCAUUUAAAUUUACUAUUUUUCUGUUCUUCAUGUUAACGAAUUAAAAUUGGAUGGAUUGAUAUUUUCUAAA